AUGGCGACUACGUUAGAUGUAUCAAGAGCCGAGCUUGCUCUCGUGGUUAUGUAUCUGAACAAAGCAGAGGCUAGGGAUAAGUUGUGCAGAGCUAUACAGUAUGGUUCCAAGUUCUUGAGCGAUGGACAACCUGGUACUGCCCAAAAUGUCGACAAAUCCACUAGCUUGGCCAGGAAAGUCUUCCGUCUUUUCAAGUUUGUCAAUGACUUACAUGGUCUUAUCAGCCCUGUGCCUAAAGGGACUCCACUUGCUCUUGUUUUACUUGGAAAGUCGAAGAAUGCACUUUUAUCCACCUUCUUGUUUCUGGAUCAAAUUGUCUGGCUUGGGAGAUCAGGGAUAUAUAAGAACAAAGAGAGAGCUGAGUUACUUGGGCGUAUAUCGCUUUUCUGCUGGAUGGGAUCAUCUGUCUGUACAACUUUAGUUGAGAUUGGUGAGAUUGGAAGGCUUUCUUCAUCGAUGAAGAAGAUCGAAAAGGGACUUAAGAACAGCAACAAGUAUCACGAUGAGGAGUAUCGUGCUAAGCUUAAACAAUCGAACGAGAGGACUCUUGCUUUGAUCAAAUCAGCCAUGGACAUUGUUGUAGCAGCUGGUCUUCUUCAGUUAUCUCCAAAGAAGAUCACUCCUCGUGUCACCGGAGCUUUUGGAUUCGUCACCUCCAUCAUCUCAUUUGCUUCCGACACGCCCCAAGAUCAAAACACCUUGAAGCUUAUGGAAGAAGCAUUUGAGAAAGUUCCCGUUGGUCCUUUUGAGUGA